CGUCGAUUUCUUUUUCUUUCUCUGUUAAAACACCACAGACUCUCUUUCCCUUUUUUUUUAUUUUCAUCAGAAAAUACAUUUCAACCAUUUCCAUUUACAUUACCUUCGAUACACUCACAUAUACACAGCUACAAUAUGGCUACCUUACAGGACAAGAUUACUUCUGCUUUGGCAAGCAAGGACAUGGGCAACGAGGCAUUCAAACAAGGCGACAUUCAUAAUGCUCUCAAGCAGUAUCAUAUCGCUAUUCUUGCGUUGAGCGGCUUGGAUAACCAGAUGGCAGGGGUCCCAAUGAUGUCGGCCAUGAAUCCUCAAAAUGGACAAGUCAGUGAGGAACAAAAGAAUGUGAUCAAAACCAACCUGGCAGUAGUGUAUGCCAACAUGGCUGCUUGCCAUCUCAAGCGGAAUAACUAUAAACGAGCCAUUGAUGUUUGUAAUUCUGCAUUAAAGAAUGAUCCUGAUAAUGUCAAGGCAAAGUUCCGUCGUGGUCAAGCCAAAUCUGCAGAAGGAAAUAUUGCAGGAGCAGAAGCUGAUUUCUUGAGUUUGGGUGAGAAUGUUCCUGGAGUCAAAGCAGAACUGGAAAAACUAAAGAAAAUGUCCAAGGAAGCAGAGGAGAAGCAACGCAGGACUAUGGGAGGUUUCUUGUCACGAGGUCGAAUUGUCACGGAGGAAGAAGAACUAGAGCUUGAGAGAGAAAAGGCUGCAGAAGCAGAGGCAGCAGCAGCAUCGUCUUCCAGUACUUCCACCAAAACUACAGCAUCUACAAAACCCAUUCCUAAAUCAAAACCCACGGUUGGUUCAAAGGCCAGUACUAAACAGAAGGCAAAGGCAGUGGUCAAGGAAGAAGAGUAUACACCAUCGACUUGGUCAGGUACUGCUCCUAAAAUCCAGGAACUGGCUGAAGGCGAGGAGUAGAAAGGAUUUAUUGAUGUACAUUUAUAUAUAUAUAAAAUAGUGUUCAAUAAAAAAAAAAAUAAUCUCUGCAGUG